UAUCGAUAGGAUUUGAAAGCGGGAGUUAGAAGACCGAUGUACCGCGAUAGGGAUAAGAAAAUCUGUGUACUUUUAUAAACAAACAUGGCAUCGUCAUCACAAUAUGCCGACGCGUAUAAAUUGAAGCCGGACGUAUUGGAUAAAAGGAAGGCGCGUCUACAACGAAGAUCAGUUGAAUGGAAAAAUCUCCGCUUUGAAGAAGUUGGGAAACGAAGGAAAAUAGAUCUUGACAAUUUGUCACCUCUGCAAGAACAAGACCAAAACGUCACGAAUGUUUCAAAAUCAUAUGAAAACAAAACUCCUGUCAAGCCGACAAAUGAAAAGAAAAGCAAAGCAGAUUUACUUAAGCAACGUUUAAUCCAGUGGAAAUUGGAAAAAGAACAGAAAAAGAAACUGGAAGCUCAAGAAAAAGCCAAAAAACAACAGUUCAAGGUCUCCUGCAGUAUACAGCGCACAGACAAGACUUUGUUCAGGAAAGAUAAGAGUACUUCCAAGACAACCAGCAUAAAAUCCAAAGACACAUCAACUUCAGCGAAGUCCAAGAACUCAAGCAUCACUAGUUCAAGGACUGAAGCUCCUGUUUCAGCUCAACCAUGUAAACAAGAAGCAGCUCCAGCUACGAGACGUUCAACAAGGUCAAACAAUGAUGCUACUAAGAAGAGUAAAACUGUUGCCACUAAGCAAACCAAGCCCAAACCAGCACAACCAGCUCCAGCACCUCUUGUGCGUACAGCCCGUCAAACAAGAUCUUCAGCUAAACUGAAGGGUUCUCCCAAAGCCUCUACUCUUAACAGACCAACAUUUGCCAGUAGUCAGAAAAAAACGACAUCAGAUGCUCCCCCUACACGGACUACUCGCGGCAAGAAGCUGUCCCCUCAAUUCAACAUCAACUUGGCCAAGGUGUCCACAGACCGGGGAGAGUCCUUUGCUCCUACCGAUUUUGCCUUUGAGGCUCAGAAUGUGAAAUCUUUCAGCUUCAAACCUCUGAGUCCUGCAAGUGCUAUCAGCUUCCUUGACCCCCACCGAGAUUUGACGUCAACAUCCUUCUUCCUGGAACCACCUUCAGGCAGAUGCUCUACCCCCAAGUCAAGUAAAGAGGAGGACGGAGCAUCCAGCCAAGAUGCUGAUGAAGGAGAGACACAACAGAAGACGCUGGUGGUGCACUCUUCUGCAUCUGCUAGUGAAUCCGAUGAAGGCAGUACCACCACGGUGAAGAAGACACCUCGAAGACAGACGAGGAGUCGAUCCUCUAAGAGUUCAAAUACAGACUCAGAUAGUGAUGGAAAAGAAGAUGUGACUGCAGUACAAAUGACUCCUGUAGCAGAGAUCACUCAACAGGCGAAACCAGUCCAGAUGGAGGUGGCCGAGGCACCGUCUGAAGCACCACCAACCACACCGCGGCGGUCAAGGCGGGCAUCGGUUAAGGGGGAUGCCGUUCAGGUUGAUGCAAAACAGGCUGCUGAUUCCACAGCAGCAGAGGUGGCUUCACCACGCAAAUCUAGAAGGAUGUCGGUCCGGAAUCAGGGCAAAGAUGAAGCGGAAGCUGACGCUAAGGUGACAGAUGAUGAGAAUCAAACGCCAGUUAAAGCAACUAGGCGUCGGUCUGUAAGGAGUGUGUCUGAUUCUGAUUCUGCUGUGGAGUCUGGUGAUGCUGGUGAUAAGACAGGAACGUCACAGAAGACCAAAACUCCAAGAGGUUCGAGGAGAAGCAGGAGGAAUUCAUCGGAAACUUCUCUAAUGGAGAAAAUUCCAGAGCAGGGGUCAUCCAUGGAUGUGAUUAAGGAAGAGCAAGUAACAGACUCAGAUGAUGUUUUCAUCGUAACUGUAACUGAUGCAACUAAGUCGUCUCCAGACUCAGCAAAUCAGGAGGAAUCUACUUCGGACUCACAACCAUCUGAGGAGGUCCAGGAAGAUUCAGAGACAUCCAAAUCUACCCCUGUGAGAACACGGCGGUGUUCCCUGUCUGAUGCGGGAUGUUUCCGUGAGCCGGGGUUGCCCAUGUCUGCCCAAAAGAGUGGAAGGAAGAGGAGGAGGACAGAAGCAUCAGCUACUCCCACCGAGGCAAAGAGUCCAGAGGAGUGGGUGAAAAUCUUGUCGACGAGUCCAAUGAUUGAGAUGAGAAGACGUACCCCCAAAGCACCAAGACUCUCAGAAGACUCUCUGUCCCAGCCUCUCAACUUUGAUGAUGUCCUAGACGUGCCUCCGAUGGAGAACGGUCCCUCCACUAGUUGUUCUAUGGAAACAGAUGAACCAGCAUCUACAGGCACUGACUCUCAGACUGGCACAGCUAAGGAACCUGAGGCUGAGGCGCCUGCAUCAGAAAAGACUGGCACCACCGAGGAAUCAAAGAGUCAAGCAGCCACAGCGGCAGGUGUCCCUGUUGAGGUGGGCAAGGAUGGAGGAGAGCAUGAUGUUCUGUACUUCCGCAACCUGCUCACGUCGGAGACAGCCCGGCUCAAUCAGUACAUCACGCUGUGGAAUAAAACAAAGGAAGAAGAGGCGGCAAACAUUGCUGAAGAGGUUGAGGGUCAGAUCCGAACCACCGUCGGCCAGGCUCAGCUUCUCAUCAACCAGCGGUUCAAACAGUUCCGGGGUCUUGUGGACAACUGUGAGUUCAAGACUGGUGAGAAGGAGACAACGUGCACCGAUCUCCAGGGCUUCUGGGAUAUGAUCUACUUUCAGGUUGAAGAUGUGGAUAAAAAGUUUGCUGACUUGAAAACUCUACAAGCCAAUAACUGGCAGGAAGUGGAAAAAGCUGUGCCAGUGAAAAAGGUUGUCAAGAAAAAGUCGUCUGCUCCACUGAAACCCAAGGCAGGUGGUCCAUCCAAGUUUGCGGCCUUCCGGGCUCAGAUGAAGAAGCAGAAGGAAGAGGAGGCAAAGCCAUCCGCUGCAGCAGCAGCUUCUCCGGCCGAGGCUGUGAAGGUCAUUGACUUCGGUUUCUUCACUGUCACGAGUCCUGUCAAGAGCCCGGCCAAACACUGUGAAGCUGGUUCACCAGCUAAAGAAAAUACUCCAGAGGACUCAACAUCCAAACCAACAAGCAGCGACGUAGCCGCCACCCUCAUUACCAAGACUCCACGCAGGAAGAGUUACGUUCCGGCAGUUCCCAGCCCCCUGCUCUGUGACAUCACCCCUAAGCCUAAGCCUAGACGUAGCCUGGCCACCCCCCUAAAGAAGGAAGACCCAAGUGUUCCUCUGUCCCCAGUGGGCGUGUUCACCCCACCCCAUGCAGCCUCACCAGUGCCAGCUGAUACUAAUGCCACGCCUAAACGGAGAAGCAUAAGAUUAAGGAAGUCCUUGUCGCUAACCCCAGUCAGCGACCAACCUACAGUAUCUGAGGGGACCCCUGGCCUUGACCCUUGCUUCCUUCAGCCGUCAGGUCAACCAGAAGCUGAUCCUCACAACACAUCUGACCUGGCCAUGUUCCUGGAACAGACGACCACACAGCCUGACGACACUGACAGUCAUGACACGCCUCUUUCUCCAAGUUUUUCCAACCUUCAGAAAAAUGUGUCAGACAAGAUGGUUUGUAUGACCUUGUGGAUUAUUGUGUAUUUAGAAUCUACUCUAAGAGAAGGUAAAAGAUCUGCGCUCAAGAAGUUACCAUCCACUCAGCGGCGACGAUCACGGCGUAGUGUCCAGUUUGCAAUGUCUCCUGGUAGUUCUCCAGUCUCAAAUACCAAAUUGCCCUCCACGCCAUACAACCGAGAUGCAUUAGUCCCCAAGUCACGUUUGAGUCAUGGUGAAUACCUGUUCACACCCCCGAAGGAGGAAACGGAGCCUGAGCCUUCAGCCGACAGUACUCCAACACAGCAAAGGAGACCGCGGCCAAGUCUUCUGUUCACCCCAGCCUGUCAAGACAGUGCAGCAGUGAGUGCUGAUAACCUGAUGGUGUUCACACCUUGACUUCGUCCACCAUUUUGUCUACCCAGCUACACAUAUGUUCAUAGUGCAGGAUGAACCAAUCACCGCUCAGCCCCUUGUGUAAAGUACAGAGAUUUUAGAUGCCAGUAUUUUAGAUCGCAGAAAUCACUGAGUUUUAGUUGUCAAGGACAACACUGGAACUAUAUUGGUGAUAUUUUUAUAUGUAAGAAGGUUGCAAGUAGUUCUGUAACUCAGAGAUCACAGUUUUGUUUAUAUUUGGUGCCAAAAUGGCUUGUGAAAGUCAAAGCCUUAGUUUGAAUCAGAAGUGCUUAUAGAUUUGGAAUUAAUGAAGAAUUAUUAAGUGUAGUUGUGUUUUCAUGAACUAAGAAUGUUGUAAGAUUUUUGUAAUGCCUUAAAGCUCUUUAUCAGUGGUCAAGAAAUAUGUAUGUGACGUAUUGAGAUUGUAAAGUUUCUCUGCCUUGUUUCCUAUUGUGAUCUUAGCGCCAAGGCAAUAAUAAGUAACAGGGCCGACAAACAUAGUGCUGAAAUCUCUUUGUUGUUAGUUCCCUUGGUCAAAUUCACAAGGUGAUCUUAGCGCCAAGACAAUAAUCAGUAACAGGGCCAACAGACAGUGCUGAGAUCUUUGUUGUUAGUUUCCUUGGUCAAAUUCACAAAGUGAUCUUAGCGCCAAGACAAUCAUACGAAACAGGGCCGACAGACAUAGUGCUGAGAUCUCUUUGUUGUUAGUUCCCUUGGUCAAAUUCACAAAGUGAUCUUAGCGCCAAGACAAUAAUAAGUAACAGGGCCGACAGACAGUGCUAAGAUCUCUUCGUUGUCAGUUCCCUUGGUCCAGUUCACAAAGUGAGCUUAGCGCAAUCGUAACUCAAGUGGGGAACAGAUGCAGUUCUUCCUGAGGCAGGUCCUGGGAUCCAACUCACACGACAAUCUUAGCAUGAAGACACUCAUAACUCCCACAUUCACAGUCUCAGAGCUAAGACUGCUUUUUCAGACUUGGCUCUAUGUCCAAUUGACAAGAUGAUCUUAGUGUUAAGACAGUCGUAACUCCCUCAUUCUCAUUCCCAGAGUCUCAGAGCUAAGACUGCUUUGUCAGACUGGAUGCUGGGUCCAAUUUAAAUGAUCUUUGUUCUAAGACAGUUGUAACUCUGAAUGUCAGAGCUAAGACCCAGGAGCAAGAUGGUCCAGUUCACAAGAUGAAAAGAAACCUACAUAUCUGUGUGAAGCUGUGAGUUAAGAUGGUCAUAUCAGUAAGACCUCUUUAUGCACAGGAGAUCUUGUAUAUACAGUAACUGAUCACUUUUGUAUAGAACACUCACAUAACUCCAGUCUGGUAAAACAGAAAGGCUGUCAUUGACAUAUGUAAAUAUAUGUGAUAUGUAUAACAACCAGAAGAAUUAUAGCACCCUGGUGGUUUAAGACUGGGCCUGUGUCAAUGUUUUUAACUGUUGUACGGGACAGGCAAUUAGCCAGUAUCCACAAAUUCAUGUUCUUAAAGACAUAAGUGAAUAGCUUUGACGAAUAUCAGCCACUUUUGCAGGAACUCAGAAUGAAGUAGUAGGGGGGAUAAUCGGAUUAACAGUUUAAACUGUUUGCAUGAUUUUGAUUAUUGAAAAAAGAUGCCACUUUGUUUCUGCAGUCUGUGGAAUUGCCAUGGUAGUUUAUAUUUUAUAUUAAUGAUUUCUGUUUCUCCUUUGCUCUUCUGCCUAUCUUUCUGUAUUGCUGUAAAAUGUCUUCAAAUGAACUCCGUGAAUACAACUGGCACAGUCAUGUAUUCAUGAGCGUCUGGUGUUCGAUGAAUUACACAAUAUUCCAGCCUUAUCUCUGCAGUGGACAACAGAACUGAGGGACCAUGAUCCUAAACAGGGCAGCAGUUAGACUUAAUGGUGGUCUACUUGUCUGUGGCUGAUAUUUGAAAGAGGUAGUGACUUGUUAAAAAGUGUGUGAAUAAUCUCACCAAAGCUCAGAAUUUACCUCCUAAGGACAUUCCACUAAUUGAAGAACCUUCCACAAGUCAGAGCAUGCAGCGUGGCUUGUUAAUGAUUCUCACAACUUCCUUUGGUCAUAGUAAAGGUUUUGUGUUUUUCCAAACCUCUGUCUACAUUGUCAGUCAUGCUUGAAGACUUUCCAGCCCAUCUCAGUAUUUAUUUGCCUUCAUUCAAGAUGGGUGUAAUGUUGAUGAAAAUGGUGGAUUCAAGGGCUACAUGAGAUAUUAUUAAUUAUUACCUAUUAUCAUAAUCAUAGACACUGCAUUAAGAAAAUAAGCUGUUUGAUAGUUUCUUGGUACUUAUGUAACUAUAUUAGGUCCAUUUGUUUUUUAUACAUCCAGGACAGAUUGAAUAUUUACGUGUACAGAGAAUAUCAAAUAAAUAUGCUAAGUCUUG